AUGGAACCAAAAUUCGCAACCGCAACUUUAUCGUCCUUGAAUUCAACAAGCACUGGACAAGAAGCAAUGGAUAGGACAGGUUCCGAUUUCGAGCACCCGGUUCAACCGCAGUCGGCUCGAUUGGUUGAUCUCCGACUUCGUGAAUUGGCUUAUAAGUAUGAAAUACCAGAAGAAACGGUUGAACUCCUUCGCCCACUCAGUAAUUUCGAGAUUGUCCUUCUCUGUGACGAUUCCGGCUCAAUGAAAACUCCUGUUGAUGGCACCGGUAAAACUCGCUGGGAUGAACUUCGUUCAGUUGUAAAGAUAGUUCUUGAAAUCGGCUGUAUAUUUGAUUCAAACGGCCUCGAUCUUUUCUUUCUCAAUCGAGAAUCCUUUCGCAAUAUCCGCGAUCUCGGACAGGUCGACCAAGCAUUCAUUGCGCCUCCAGCUGGUUAUACACCACUAGUACCUGUCCUGCGAAAAAUUCUUCAAUUACCAGUCACCCGUCCUAAUGACAGUAAAAAGUUAUUAAUAUUCAUCGCGACCGAUGGAGAGCCAACUGAUGAAAGAGGCAAACCUAAUGUGGACGAAUUACAACAUGUCAUGAACGAUGAGCGCUACUCAGACACCACUCAUGUGAUGUUUUUAGUCUGCACGGACGACGCAGCCAGCGUUAACUACUUAAGACAAUGGGAUCAAACGAUGAAGAAUGUUGAUGUCACUGAUGAUUUUCGAACAGAAAGGGAAUUAAUUCGUCGUAAGAAUGGAGCUAACCAUCCAUUUUCGCUGAGCGAUUACAUUGCUAAGGCAUUGGUCGGCGCUGUCAAUCGACAAAUUGAUGUUCUCGACGACCUCCCUCAAGCGAACAAUGGUGAUGGUCAAUAA